CAGAUCAAGCCCGUCCUCCACCCUCUCGUUGUGCCUGUCAUUACCAGACAAAAACAAAGACUGGGCAUGACAGUGCCACGGAGAAAACAUUAAAGAGAAACUGCGUCGAAACUUCAAAACAUAGACAUUAGACUCUAUAAUGGAAUUUGUUUCCCUUUCGCUCCGCGGUAACGUUAGAUUCUUGAACGCACGAGGUCUGCCAGCUGCCACCGUGUUGUCCUGAACGGCUUCGGGCUAAAAGCUAGCAAGCAAGCAAGCGACAUAUACGUCCGAAUCAUCUAAAUCUCGGUUUUAUCCUCAUUUUGCUGUUAUUUUUGCUGUAUCCUCUAUUAAACACUCGUAAGUAUGUCACAUAAGGGUGAUGCGGAAGACGUGGCCGAGGGGAGCGGUGUCUCCGGAAAACUGCGCUCGAGGGUCGGCCUCCGGAGCGGCUCGUGCUCCGGCAGGAACCGGGAGCAGGAAAGCGCGGUGAAAGCCAUGCUGCUGGAGCAGUUAGGACCGCAUGAACGCCUGCUCACCUAUCUACAGUCUGUAUUACUGUGGGAAAGACCCCUUCAUAGCGUCUUACUUUACACGGUCGCUAAUCUCGUUUUCUGGUUUUUUGCUUUGAGCUCUUUGAGGUUGCUCUUUCUCUUGGCGACAGGUCUGGCUCUGGCUGUUUGUGUUGACACCUGGAGGAAUAAAAUCUGGUCCAAGAUCAAAGUUAAAAGGCAAGAUGAGGGUGAAAAUGAAAGCUGGGGUCUGGUGCAGCCUGGGACUUUAAGUGUGCCUGAGUUAUGCCACCACAUGGCUGAACUGUGGGUUACAGGGUCUUCCUGUGCGACAGAUAUUGUGCAGUUCAAACGGCAUAAUCCAGGAAAGUUUUGCAUUUUGGUUUGUGGUCUGUUCACAAUACUGGCCAUGGUGGGGCGCUACAUCCCUGGACUGGUUCUUUCAUACGUGGCUUUGCUGGGUGUGUUGCUUUGCCCAUUGGCGUUGUAUUAUCGGCUGUGGCAGCGUGCAUGUGUGAAGCUAGAACCGGCCCUGCAGUGGCUGGAUUUCAGCUCCAAAGGAUACAUGAUGUCCAAGCCUAUAGAUAACCAGUUUCUCCGUAAGCCCAUCAAGAGAGGAGCCUCAGAUGAAGCCAGUGACAGUGAGGAGGAACUGGCUGCUUUCUGUCCCAUGUUUGAUGAAGCCGUGGUUGCUAAGGAACUGGCCCUGACUGACUCCGAACACUCGGAUGCAGAGGUGUCAUACAUGGACAACGGCACAUUUAACAUUUCCAGGGGUCAAACUCCCCUCACAGAAGGCUCUGAAGAUCUGGACAGGCACAGUGAUCCAGAAGAAUCAUUUGCCUGUGGACUUCCAGACUUCCCCUCCAUCAACCCAGAUGCCACCCUUCUGGAGGAUGAUGAUGAUGCCAGCAUCGGGCUGCCCAGUCUCAACUCGGCCGCUCUCUCCGGCCCUCACGGCUCUACCUCCGCUCUUCUGGACCUGGAUGCCCAGAUGGAUUCUGAUCAGGAAGAUCUUGAUCCUGAGCUGUCUCUAGGCUCCAUUAUGACUACCUCCGACCUCACGAGUAACCUGGCAGGGGUCAUCGCCAGCAACAUGAUCCAGGCAGUGAUCGCAGGGGCCUUGCCGCCCCGCCCUCCCCAAGGUCGUCGAAGAGAAAGCGCCCCAAGGGCAGGUCCUUCAAGGGGGUACCGGAAGCAGUCAAGCUCGGAGCUGGACACAGACCUGGACUUUGAUGGAGAAGACUUUGAGAUGUUGGAUCAGUCAGAGCUGAACCAGUUAGACCCAGUGGGAGGAGCCCAGGGUGGCCAGAACAGAACCCAGGGAGUCAGUUUUCUGUCCAAUCUGCUGGGGAAACCACAGUGAGCCACAUGUGUGUUUUUGUGUGUGAUACACACCCAGCUUGUCUGUUCUUGCUCGUAUAUAUACCUGACCCUUGCACCUUGAUCCAUGUAGAAGUUUGCAGUGUUUGUUUGAAUGUCUUUUGAAAUGCUUUAGAUUUUAUCUUUGAUUCUAUGAAUGAGUGAGACAGAGUAUUUGUUUUGCACUGUUAGGCCCGAUUCACAUUUCGCGUCUUUUCUGCGUGCAUAUUCAUUAUUUUAAAUGUAGAUGCAUUUUUUCUAGGCGCGUCGGCGCCGCAUCGAGAUGGAAAUAGAUCAACUUUUCAGAGUGCCGCGCACGCACCGCGGGUCAUUUGAAGAGAGAAAGCGGCGAGUUUCUGAGCAGUUUGACUCGAAAUGUGAAUCGGGCCUUAAAGGGCUUUUCCACCCAAAAAUGAAAAUUCUUUUUUUUAAUGGAACACUAUGAGAAAAUUUGAAGAAUGUUAACUCUCUUUUCCACACUUUUCUAAGUAAUUGGGGACAGGUUUGUAACAAGAUGAGGUUUCAUUUUUGGGUGAACUGUCGCUUUAAUGUAAUAUUAUGUUCCAGUUGCCAGGAUUCCUCCACUGGCUACAGUUGAUAUCACUGUGAAGUAAUCUUGUUCUUAGUUUGAAUCCAUCAUUAUUCUCUGUGAGCUUUCCUUGUCCUCUCUCAUUUCAGUGUGAGACUCCCAUGCGAAAGCCUUUAUUUUUAAUUUGUAGACUAAGCAAUAGGACAACAAUCAUAGAAACAAAUUGACUAAUCUCGUCUAACUACUUAUAAACCAGCAAAGUCAACACCAGACCUACAUCCAAACAACUUCUUAUAGUCUUAUAGGUCGUUGGUAUCUGGAGCUUCUAUUUCAUGCAGGCAGCAUUAUUUGUCUUGGAUAAUUCACAUGGGACCAAAUGAGACAUUCCACCAUCAAUGCUGCAUAAUAAUAUACAAAUAUUAAAAAGUCUGCAAGAACCAUAGUCACGUGCUAAUAACAUCACUGAGCAGAAGAUUCUGAUAAAGCAAUAGUGUUGUAUUAAGAUCACAGACUUCUCUCAUCUUAAGAUUUGUUUAAAGCACUGGGUGUAAAUGGCUGUCAGUUUUUCUUGCUUUGUCAUGCAUAGACACCUGAGUUUUCUCUUGCAUUUAUUUUUUUAAUGCUAGCUGCACAUUUUGUAACCAGGUCUGUCUGGUGGCAAUGGAAAUGCAAUUAGAAAAAAGUUAUAUAUUACAAUUUAUCCAAAAAUGAUAUCGUCUUAUAUUCAUUGGCAUAUAAUUUUAGACUCAUUGUGGUUUGAAACAUACAGAGUAGUCAAGACCCAAAGUUUUACCCAUAAUGACAUUUAUGUGUAAGUUCAUGCUGUUUGCUUUUUUGCCUCAUAUAAUAAUUCUUGAAUUACUACAUUUCGAUAGCUCUUUCCUACAUUUCAAAAGUUCGCUCUUGUUUUUAACAGCAAAUAUACAGUAGACUGUCGUUCCAAUGGCUUUGUUUUAAUCUUUUUAGACUCCGUGUAAAUGAGGAUUAAAAACACAAAACUUUGAAACUCACCACUGCUGUUCACCUGGCAGUACAUUGAUUUGUCUGUAAGGACUCUACCUCAAACUUAGCCAUCUGGCUGUAACUGCCACGUGUCUGUACACAGCCUCUUCUCUUUAAACACACCUGUAGCCGUUUUGAUCUAUACAGGUAGCAGCAUAAAACCUGAAUCACCUUUCCGCCACUGAGAUUUCUCAUCUGGUAUGAGAUGUAGACUAUUGUCCAUCAUUCAGUAAAGUGCAAAGAUUUUCUUUAUGACCAGGAUUUUUUUGUGGUAUGAUGGAACUGCUAAAUAGUCAAAUUUGCAAUUUCAUUUGCUAUUUCAUUUCUUGUAUGCUGACUGUUUUUCUGUGCCCCUCCUCCCAAGUCCAGUUUUGUUUUAUUAUCUGUGACCCAAUGCUGAUGAGACCCACAAUUGCUGGCUUUUAUCAUUGUGUCUGCUGGAAAGUAGAAGUUAUGGAGUGAUUUCUCUGAUUUACAGUGCAAGGAAUGCAAAUCUAUAUGAUUUGUUUUUAUUUAAUUUAAUUCAUUUCUAUUCAGUUUUUAAUUUAAGGCUUAAUUUUGGAAUAUAAAAGUACAUGAGGAAGAAAACAUUUUAAUGUAAGUAAUGGAGGAUUCUGGAUGUGUGUAAUGAAGCAGCUUCUCUUUCUCUACUUUAGUGAUGCUGUAUAUGUACAGUCUGUCAGUUUUUGCUGUACCAGUGUAUGUUUAUUACAUACCCCACGUCUUCCUUUAUCCCACCGAUUUGAUUAAGGUUAUAAAAAUAAAGCAUUUAUUGAAGUGGAAUAUGCUAAUUUGCUGUGAUUUUACUCAAUUCUUUUCCCCUUAUUUUCUGGCAUUUUUUGUGUUUGUUAAGCCCUAGAUUUGAUGAUAUACUUGGAUUGGUGUGUUAAAAGGGCUUGUUUCUCUGAGAUAUUUAAUGUGUUGUUCAUGCAUAAAAUGUUUUUGGGGAAGUGUUGGAUGAUUCGUUUGUAGACUCCGAAGCCUUUUUCUUUCAUGCUUUCCAUCAAUACUUCAUGCAAAAACAUUACAAAAUGUAAAUGUGAAUGUCAGUGUCAUUGCCAUACUAUAGAAAAAUUCUCUGUUAAAUUGAAUUACAUGUUUGGGGUCAGUUUAAACAGAAUUCACCAGCAAUCCAAAUAGAACAACAAAGUGAGGGUUUAAACAGAAAAAAAUGAUAUCAGAACCAUCUAUUGAUGUUGUCUGUGAUGUAAAAAUAAAUCGGCAGUCAUUUCUGAGGCUGAAAUGCUGAAUCACCUUUUUCUUCUCUGUGUGAACCUUUCUAGGAGUCUUUCUGGAUUUGACAGAUAAUUUUCUUUUCUGUAUAGUAUUGCCUGCUUCCAUUCUCUGUAAUAAUUUUUUGAUAACUUGAUGUGCAGGUCAAUAAAUUGAGAUAUGAAAA